UGGAUGAAUUAUUACGGGUUUUUGGGUAAAAGACCGAGAAGUAAAGUUCUAUUCUGGUCAAGAGCAGGUCGAUUAAUCAAAAAGUAUUUGGGACCUGAUUACGUAGAAAAAGAAAAAGCUUUAGCAGAGGUAUGUGCAAAAUCUGUUUUUAUUUUUUUAUUUUUGAUGGUGUCUUACGAAAGCAAAUUGGCAAAAUUAUAAAACAGAGUCAUGGUGAUCUCCAGGGGAAAAGAAAUCUUUGAAUCUAGUUACUCAUGGAUUUUUUUAAAAGUGAGAGGGCAUUCCAGUGCAUGCCGCAUUCACGCAGGGUACGGGGAAGGACCGCACCUCAAGGAGUGUGAUGUUCAUGAUGCAAAGGAGGAUUACUUCAGUCAGCUACCAGAUGAUGUUUUGUCUUCCAUUCUUGCACAUUUGACAGUAGUAGAUGCUGCUAGGACGAGCAUUUUAUCUAGAAGGUGGAAAUAUCGCUUUGCCUCUAUGCCUACAUUACAAUUUAGAUGCCUUGACAUGUUUGGGAUUAAACCUUACAACCAUACAUGUUGCCCUUACUAUCAACAAAAAUUCUUGAAAGGAGUAAAUCAGUUAUUACAACUUUAUACGGGUCGUAAAGUGACUCAUGUUAAGAUGACUUUUUGCUUUGGGAGACAGUUUUCUAGUGAAUUUGACCAAUGGAUGCAUUCUAUUUCAAGAUUAGGUGUUGAAAGACUAUAUCUUUCUUUUGAUUGUGGUAUUAAUUAUCCCAUCCACAAUUCCAACCCUAUCCGUAAUUCGGACAAGUUGUUUAAAUUUUCCCUUGAGCUUCUAUCUCAAGCAUCCUCAUUGAAACAUUUGCUUUUGUACCAUUGUGUUGUCCAAUCAAGUAUAGGAGUUCGUCUUAAAUCCCUCAGGACCCUUACUUUGCUGGGUGUUCUGUUAGAAAGCGACCAACUUGAGCGUAUUUUUUCCUCUUGUUUGAAUCUUAAUCUGUUAGAGCUAUGCUAUUGCAAACUUCCUUAUAAGCUAUGGAUCUCUGGUACAGUAACAUCUGUUGUUUUCUUUGCUUGUGGCGGAUUGGAAGAGAUUGAUCUUUGGGCUGCAAAUCUUCACUCAUUUGAGUGUAACUUCUUUAGCAAAGUAAGAUUUUAUUUUUCUUUUGUUCCCAUGUUGGAAAAUGUAAUGAUUGAUUUAAAAGGAGCCACUGCAAUGCCAUACAUAUUUGGUGAUUUUGCAAGAGAUUUACCAGCUCAGGUUAAAUCUUUAACAGUCAAAGCUAGUCAGUCUCAGAUAGAAUACUUCCCAAUAAAGACACAGAUGUUCAGAAACCUUAGGGAGCUAACCUUGGUGCUUGUGUUCACGCACGACUUUGACAUAGUCAACAUUUCGCCUAUCUUAGGUGUUUGUCCUCUUCUUCAAUAUUUGGAUGUAGUGCAAUCGAGGACGACAAGGGAUGGAAGAGGAAGUGGCAUAAGGCCUCCUUUAUCUCCUACAUAUCACACUGAACUAAAAGAAGUGACAUUUGGUGGAUUUCGUGGAACCAGAGCAGAGAUUGAAUUUGCUGUUUAUAUUCUGAGAAGUGCAUUGGUACUUGAACGAAUGUUUCUCAGCCCAUGUUUUACAUGUUAUUCUGGUAGUGGUACAUGGGAGAAAACGCGGGGUGUUUCCCUCGAUGAAAGAAAACGUAACUCAAUUGAACAAGAACUACAUGGGCAAGCUAUCUCUAGGAAUGCUGUGGUCAUCAUCCAAUAGGUUCUUGUACAAAUACUAUAUUAGCUUUCUAUUGUCAUCAGUGGUAUGUAAACUUGUAGAGGUUAUGGAAUUACCUAUUUAUUUGCUAUUGCUAAACAAAGACUAUAUUUUAUGAUUUUUCAAUGGUAGCAGGCUCAUGCUUUAAUGAAGAGGCAUUGUCUGCUUGUGCUGCA